GUAUAAUGUCAGAAUAGAACCCUAUUCCAAUUAAAUUAAUUGUUCUUGGUGAUGCCAAUGUUGGAAAAGUUGACAUACUUUUGAGGUAUUUACUUAAGCAAGACUAGUUAUAUAAAAGAUUAGAUUUCUCAAGAUUUCAUUCCUAAGGUCUUUGAAAAUUACACAAUUACAACAGUUGUUGAUGGAAAAAAGAUUAAUUUAAGUUUAUGGGAUACUGCUGGAUAAGAAACAUAUAAUAGGCUAAGAAUAUUAAGUUACGGUUAAGCUGAUGUCUUUUUGAUAGUCUUCUCUAUUAUUGAUGAAUAGAGUUUCUAAAAUGCAGUUACUAAAUGGUAUUAAGAUGUAGAUGUUCCUGAAUUAAAAAAUGUACCAAAAAUUUUUGUUGGAAAUAACAAAGAUUAAAGAAAUUUGUCAAAUCCAAGCCAUGUCUAAUAUGAAGCAGUAUAUUAAAUUUAAUUAAUUAUUAGGCAAAAUCUAAAAUUGAUUAAUUGCAAUAUUAAUAUCUGGAAUGUUCAUCAUAAACAUAAGAAGGUAUAAAAGAGGUCUUUGACUAAGCGAUAAAAAAAGUCCUUUAAGUUAAAGGUUAAAAAUCAGAAAAUACUUCAAGUAAAAAUCAAAAAGGAUCAAAUCAGGAAAAAGAAAAAUGCUUAAUUUUUUGAUU